GUUCGGAGAGCGAAGGAAGCCUUCUGCCAUUGGCUGCUGGGUCGAUUCCCGAGAGGCUAUGACGCCACCGAGGUGAGCGUCGACGUCAUCCCUCCACGUAGGAAGAGUAGCUUCUUCCGCCCGCUUCUCAAACCAGGUACCAUGCGGCGUCGCUCACCAGAACGCCCAAGCUCCAGGAGAGAUCCCCACGUCUCGCCUCGGCGUCGAGGACGAGCAUCGCCUCGGCGCAGUGGGCCAGCAUCUCCACGGCGAAGACGGCCACAAACAUCUCCACGUCGUCGCACCCAGGUGGGGGCUGCUGAAGAACGGCCAGUUCGGCGGCGAAGAUACAGGCCCGGCCAACGGGCCAUGCUGGAGAUCCGGAAGUACCAGAAGAACACCAACCUGCUUAUCCAGAAAAUGCCCUUUUCGCGUGUGGUGCGUGAGAUUUGUCUGACGUUCACCCGAGGGGUUGACCUGAGGUGGCAGUCGAUGGCUCUGCUCGCCCUGCAGGAGGCUGCUGAAGCAUUUCUUGUACACCUGAUGGAGGAUGCCUACCUCUGCGCCAUUCAUGCCAAACGUGUCACCCUCUUCCCCAAGGAUAUGCAGCUGGCUCGGCGGAUCCGUGGCUAUCACGAAGCCAUGUGAUAAACUGACUUCCAAAACUGAAAGUUGAGAAAUCACCCUGAGGAAAAAAGCAUACUGGGACGUUUUUGAGGAAAAGUUUUGAGGAAAAGUUCCUAGCUUGGGCCUAAAGCUUCCUUCAAGAUGGAGGAUUAAGUUGUUCCCCUUGGUAACUAAGGUCACAUCGGAGGGCCUGAUCCAGCCAAGAGUUCAGCGGCAAUAUUCUGAAGCGUUUUUAUCUUUCCCACUUCUUUUUUAAGUACUUAACUGUUGGCUGGAUUACAUUUUUAACAUUUUUUCACUGUUUUUAUAUGAGAUUUUAUAUUGGCCCCUUGGUAUGUUCCCACAUUUUUCUCUGUCUCCUCUGCCGGUCUUGAAAUCUUCCUUCUGUUCAUUUGUAAUGUUUUUUUUUAAAUUGCCUCCAUUCCCACCUUUACGUUUUUACCUCAGAAAUGUGACAAUAAUGAAUGAUGUGUCAGUUGAAACUCUCCAGCUACGGCUGUGCAGAUGUGACAGGGUGCAAAUUCUUUAUUGAAGCUGGAUCCCUGCCUGAAGAUGAGGGAUACAGAUUCCUGUCAGAAAUGUAGCUGAGAAAGCCUCUGGGAUGAUGAAGCGACCGGAAAAAUCCCGCACUCAAACUUCUCCAUAAUUGCCAGAUUCCCUCCUGAGAGAGAAGGCUCUUGGGUGUGCAUGAAAUGAGCUGACAACGGAGCAUUCCAAUCUAAUUUUAUUGUACAGAAUGUUGAAUAAAGUAGGUUUUAUCUUUA